UGGAAUAGUGAAUGUUGACAAAAUGACACCCGCACAAAAGAACUACCUGGAGGCGCAUAUGGCCGUACAGCAGCAAAUGGCCCAAGCUGCCUUGCAGCUUCAGCAUCAACAUCACCAGCAGCAACUGCAACAGCAGCACCUUCAACAGCAGCAGCAACAGCAACAGCAGCAGCAGCAGCAACAACAACAACAGCAACAACAACAACAGCAGCAGCCGCAGCUGCAACAACAACAACACAGUCAAAGCUAUACGCGAGCUGUAAAGAAAACAAAAACCAGCCACGAUGGUCACGCAUACAUGCAACAAGGACAGCUAGCGCAUCAAUCUCAGCAGCCGCAGCAGCAGCAACAGCAACCCGGCAGCUCGCCCUCCGCCCUCCCGAACCCAACCGUCAGCCACUACGCAAGCACGAUCAAGGUGCCGCAAAUCAAUGCCGGUGCGCACGCGGGCAAUGACCCUGCUGCUUCUGUUGCAUCCGUCACCAGUACCACCACGGUGGCGAGUGCCGUGGCAGGAACCACGACCACCGGCAACGGUGGUGGUAGCGGUGGCGGUUGCAGCAGCAGCAGCAGCGGCAGCAGCACCUUCACCGUGCCGGAUGACGUCGGGAUGGGAUAUGAAGGUGGAGUACGCGUUCUACAAAGUUUGGGGAAUUGGUCACCGGAAAUUCCGCCCAACAUACCGCGCCCCAACCUGAUCCCGUUCACCGAGCCGUACGCGGAGGGCGGUUCCAUGCAUCCGGCGACACGUCUGAAGGCACUUCAGCAGGUGCAGCAAUCGUCGGCGGCGGCAGUAGCGGCGGUGGCUGCUGCAGCAGCCGCCGCGUCCGGUGGUACACGGGCGAAGGGUACGGCGGGGGCGGCAACGAAAGGGAAGUCGGCUGUACCGAACGCGGACCCAACCGGACCGCCCAAACCGGUGUUCGAGUGCACGGUGUGCGGGAAGGGAUUGGCCCGGAAGGAUAAGCUGACGAUCCAUAUGCGCAUACACACCGGCGAGAAGCCGUACGUGUGUGAGGUGUGCGAUCGGGCAUUCGCGCGUCGGGACAAGCUGGUGAUACACAUGAACAAGUUCAAGCACGUUACGCCGACGAAUAUCGCACCGCUCGGAAAGCGCCAGAAUCGGUCGCUCACGAUAGCGGAAAAAGAAGAGUUCAAAAACGAAGACAAUAAGCCACCGAUGCUGGUUGAUCAUCAGGCGCUCGCGACGCAAACGCUAACUACCGUCGUUAACAAUAUUGCCGCUCAGCACCAACAGCAUCAGCAGCAACAGCAUCAGUUGAAUACUCAGCUAUCCCAUCAACAGCAGCAGCAAGUUCCUUCCAGCCAGCUUUCGCAGACGUCCGGUGGUGCCGAGUCUGGAACGCAGCUGGGCAGUAUCGGCGUACAGCAGCAAACGCACCACACGUUGUCCUGGCCCUGCGAACUGUGCGGCCGGAUGUUUGGGUCGAGGGAAGAGUGGACACUGCACGCCAAAAGCCAUCUGGAGUAUUGACAAUACGACGAACGCCAAGCGACGCGCUGGAGACGCUACCAUGCCUACAGCGAUACCCAGCCCAUGAAGGGGUAAUUGCCC